GACCAAGGAAAGAAAAAAGCCCUUUCCGGAAGUGUAAACAGCAAAGCAUCGUUUAGGAUACACGCUUUUCAAGGUACAGCUGGGGAGGUGAAUAAAGAAAAUGGGGCUGCUUUCAGCCCUGACCCGAGCACUGGUCCGGGGAGCAGACCGCACGGCCGAGUUCACCAGCAAACGCGGCCCCAGGACCUUCUACAAAAGCCGAGGAGCCAUGCCAGCCGGAGUGCUCACCUCCAGCAGGAAGUUCAUCCCCAUACGGGAAAUGACCCCCGAGUUCGUAGUGCCCAAUCUGGAGGGUUUUAAGCUGAAGGCGUACGUGUCGUACCGGAGCCCGCCGGGGACAGAGCAGCCAGUCACUGCUGAGAGCCUCUUCAACCAGGUUGUAGCGCCGCAAAUCCAGAGAGACUUCGAAGCUGGAACGUUUGACCCACAGCAGCUGGAAAAAUACGGCUUGGAGAAGACGCAGGACGGGAAGCUGUUCAAAUUGUUUCCCAAAAACUAUGUACGUUAAAUGUAUCGCAGCAGUGAUGAAUGGACUGUGAUGGAAACGUGCUUUGGAGUUUAUGUAUUGAACCACAAUUUGUAUAUUAAAAAUAAAUUUGAUUUCAUAAUGCA